ACUCCACCACCACAUGAUAUGAUGCAUCAUUCUUCUUCUUGUUCCUCCUCCACCACCACUAGCACUACAUCCGUUAAUGGCUACUAUAACUUUCUUACUCGUAGUCUCGACGAUCUUUAUCGGUCGUAUCAUUCUCAAAAUGUCAUGUCCAUCAACUUUCUACAACUUGUCCUCUCAUCCCUCCAAUCUUUCCAUGCUCAAUUGACCCUUUUGGUUCAUAAACUACACUUGCCCGUAGGCGACAAAUGGCUUGAUGAAUAUAUGGAUGAGAGUGCUCGCCUUUGGGAAGUAUGUCAUGUCUUGAAAUCGGGCAUCUCAAAUGUAGAAAAUUAUUGUUCCACGGGUGCCAACAUCCUUUCUAUUCUUGAAAACCAUGAUUUAAAUUCACAACUAUCACGCGAGGUGCUUAGAGCGAUCAAUCGUUGCCAAAGGGAGAGUGCUAGAUUGGAGGAAGAAAAUAGGAGCUUGUUAGAAACUAGAAUUAAACCAUUGUCAAUCAAAUUUGAUGAAAGUAUUCUAAUCCAAUCAAAGUAUAAUGGUUUUAAUGGUUUUAGAGGAGUACUAUAUGCAUUAAAGAACAUAAGCUCGUUGCUUUUAAAGAUGAUGGUUAAUGGACUAGUUUAUUGUUCAAACGAAACAACUUGUUCCUCUUCUUCGUACUAUGAGAAUACUAGUACUAGUUACAACGAAAAUCACAAGGUAUUCGGAUCAAGUUUUAUGGUCUCGGCUACAAGAUUAAACGAGAGAGUGAAUGAGCAAGAAGAGGGGCAAACUGGCAUCUUACUCUAUGAGUUUCAAAACACAAGACACACCAUUGACAAGUUAAAAACAGAGUUGGAGAGAAUUAGAGAAUUUGACUUGGAAAUUGAUACAAGUGAAAGGAUUGAAUAUUUAAAGAAUUGUUUUGGAAGGUUGCAAUGUGGAGUUGAGAAUACUAUUGUCCAACUUGAUGAUUUAUUUGAUGAGAUUGUUGAAAGUAGGAAGAAACUCUUGGAACUAUAAUUUUUUUUGACAUAUUAGCUAUUUGCCCUUCUAUAUUAUUUUUAUUUGUAU